AUGGAUGAGAGGAGUGAUACAGAUAAAAUGGAUGAAGUCUUGCUGCCAGGGUUUAGGUUUCAUCCCACUGAUGAAGAACUAGUUGGUUUUUAUCUGAAGAGGAAGAUUCAGCAGAGGCCUCUCUCCAUAGAACUUAUCAAACAGCUUGACAUCUAUAAAUUCGAUCCAUGGGACCUUCCAAAGUUGGCAACUACUGGUGAGAAAGAAUGGUAUUUCUACUGUCCGAGGGACCGGAAGUACAGGAACAGCACACGGCCUAACCGGGUAACCGGAGCAGGGUUCUGGAAAGCCACUGGAACAGACCGGCCCAUCUACUCCUCCGACGGUUCCAAGUGCAUCGGCUUAAAGAAGUCCCUUGUUUUCUACCAAGGCAGAGCUGCCAAAGGGACAAAAACCGACUGGAUGAUGCACGAGUUCCGGUUACCUUCUCUCACUGAUCACUCAGCGCCACAAAAGCGAUUUGUGGACAAAAACAUUCCUACCACUGACUCAUCAUGGGCAAUUUGCAGGAUCUUCAAGAAAACUAACUCCACUGCACAAAGAGCAAUAUCUCACUCUUGGGUGUCCCCAAUAUUACCUGAAAUCACCACCACAUCUGAUGUACUCACCCAAGGUGUACACAACACUCAGUACAUCAGUUCAGAGAACAUGUCAUUGACAGCAAAAACAAGUCCACUCAUCAAAUAUGGUAGUUGUUACUUUAAUGAUAUACAACAAUCUUCUUUUACUAGCUUCUCUCCUUUGGACGUCUUUCCCUCCAACAAUGGAGAUCUUCCCCUAAGCUACACAUUUCCGUCCCUCGACAUGUCAGGACCUACCAAACUCACAGUUGAUGCAUCUUCUAUGCCACUGAACAUGUCAUGUUCCAUAUUGGGAGAUUUUGGUCAGUAUGACAACUUCGAAAUGGAAAGGAAUGGGAGUCGUGGAGAAGAGACAGACUCGAUAAAGGAUCCGAAUGUAGCACAUUUUUCUGAUCAAUGGGGGACUACGAAAUCUGUUGGAUUACCCUCCAGUUUGCCUUCAAGUCUGUCGGAUGCAUGGAGAGAAGAUUUUCUAUGGGAUUCUUCCCCUUGUCCUAGUAAUCAGAUGUCCACUAGUUAUUCAACUAACAAGUGCUAUAAUUAG